AUGGAUUCCUGGCAUCCACCACAGCCUUCCAAUACAAGCAAUCCACAUUUUGAUAUCAAACACUAUCCCCAGAAAGACAAGAGUAAUCUGGGCCAUGCAACUGUGGAAUUUGAAGAGCUUUGGCAUCACCUGGCCAAGUUGGAGGCAUCAUGUUAUGGCACUUUUGGUAGUGCUGAUGAGUGGCAACUGGCUAAAUGGGCCAUGGAUAUGUGCUUAUCAGUUCCUUGCCAGCUUAGCACUCGCCCAGGAAGGGGUUUCCACAACUCAUGCAGCCUGUUUCAAUCCAUAGAUCAUCUCCCCUGUAUGCCCUCAUGGAUGUGCAAGAUGCACACUAUCAAAACCCACAAUCCGGUGGCACCUAUGCAAGAGGUGAUGUUUUGGUACCAUGACCCAGUUUCUUUGGUCAGGGAGUUGAUUGGGAAUCCACACUUUGAAGACAAACUGCAUUACCACCCAACCAAACUGUACACAAGGGACCAUCUAUGUCAACAGGCAUACUGUGACAUGAACAACUUCGAGUGGUGGUGGAAUACCCAGGUGAGUUGGCAUUUGGCCAUCUUAUGCAUUGUUGCCCCAGUCAUCCUGGCCUCUGACAAAACCCAACUGAUCCACUUCACAAGUGGGAUGGCAGCCUACCUCAUGUACUUGUCUAUUGGCAACAUUCCCAAGUCUAUCUGCCACCAAACCAAAGAAAAGGCAAUGAUGCUCUUGGCAUAUCUGCCCACUGACAAGUUGAUGGGAUUUGGCAGCCCGGCUGCUUGUGCCCAUGCUGAGCAUCACCUCUUCCACAUGUGCAUGGCAGAGAUUCUACAGCCACUCAUCAAGGCAGGAACCAAGGGUGUCAAGAUGACCUGUGCAGACAGAUACAGUCAUAUGGUGUUCCCCAUCCUAGGGUCAUAUAUAGCAGACUAUCCAGAGCAGUGCCUGGUGAUGGUCUGCUGUCACCAGCAUUGCCCCAAAUGCACUGUGCCUUCAGAAGAGAAAGGGGCCCUCACAGAGUACCCCCUUUGCAUGCAACAGGUCACCUUAGAGUUAAUGCACCAGCUUGACAUCACUUCCAAUACCAUGGCCAUCACCUCCAAAAAAAAUGUUUAUCACAACACAGGCAUCCACCCAAUUGAUCAUCCUUUCUGGGAAUCCCUGCCUUAUACCAACAUAUGUGCCUGCAUCACACCCAAUCCUCUGCAUGAACUCCAUAAAGAGGUGUUCAAAGACCAUUUAUUUGCUUGGUGUCUCAAUCUUGCAGGGGCAGAGGAAGUGGAUGCCCAUUUCAAGCGGGUCCCCCCUCAUCAUGGGUUGAAGAAUUCUGAAAGAGGGGUUUCAGGCUUAUUGCAGAUGACUGGUACAGAACAUCAUCAUAUGCAGAAAACCAUGGCUGCACUGUUGGUAGGACUGCCUGGAAAUGUCACCAGCCAGACCCUGCAUGCCAUGCAUGCUAUAUUGGACUUCAUCUACCUAUCUCACCUCCCAAUGCUGACUGAAGCCAAUCUGCAAAGGAUGGAACACAGUCUGGCCGAGUUUCAUGCACAUAAAGAAGCAUUCCAGGUUGCAUCUUCCUGCAAAGAUUUCCACCACAUCCCGAAACUACACAAACUCCAGCAUUACAUAGCUCACAUGCCAAGCCACAGCCCUUGUGAUAACUUCAACACUGAGCUCCCUGAACACCUUCACAUCAAUCUGGUCAAGUUGGGCUAUCAUGCAGGAAACAAACAUGAUUAUAUUGCUCACAUGACGACUUGGUUGGAGAGGUGA